AUGAGGAUCCACAGCCUCUCUCUGCUGUCCUUCCUCCUUCUGGCCACUCUGGUGCUCUUAGUGAAGGGAAGAAAGGCAGUGAAGAAUGGCCAUCACAGCAAAAUGGCUUUGGAACAGAGGGAUACUCUGGGCAGAGUCCAGAUUAAGCAGAGAGACCAGCCAUCCAAGCCCACAAUCAAAGGCAGAUUUGUCAGCAGUGACCAAGCCAACUGCAAAUGGGCUGUGACUGAGCAGGAGAAGGGCAUCGCCCUGAAGGCUGAAUGCACUCGAAUGGACCAUGAGUUCUCUUGUGUCUUUGCUGGCAAUCCAACCCCAUGCCUGAAGUUCAAGGAAAGUAAAGUUUACUGGAAACAAAUUGCCCGGAAACUCCGCUCACAGAAGAACAUCUGUGGGCACUCCAAGAGUGUCCUGAAGACCAGGAUAUGUGGAAAGGAGUUUCCAGAAUCCAGUCUCAAGCUAGUGACCUCCACUUUGCUUGGGAACUUGAAGCCCAGGAAGAAGGAAACAGAGCUCUCCGCUAGGGAACAUACCAAGGCCAAGGAGGACUCCCCCUCUAGCCAAGCUGUGCCCCAGACCACGGGCAACAAAGGUCCUGAGUGUGUGGAUGACCUAUAUGUGGCAAACCAGAAGACUGCCCUGGAGUUCUGUGGAGAGUCCUGGAGCUCCUUAUGCACAUUCUUCCUCAGUAUGAUACAGGACAAAUCGUGCUGA